AUCGGCUUAAUGGAACUUUAAAAAUGGCGUUCGUGUUGGUGAAGAACGUGCGCUCCUUUUUAUCGCCAACUACAGCAAUAGCUUGCAGAUAUCGCCACGCUGCUCGCUCAAUUUCCAAUAGUUAUGGAAUAGGAUUAUCCCUUAAACCACUAGGUAGCAGUCUUAAACGAACGCAAGGCUCUAGUUUUUGUAGAUUACUAGAGACAGCUGCAGCAGCACCAAGCCUGGAAAAUAAUGCUGAACGACCAACUGAAAAAGAUUUGACAUCAAAUCAAAAGAAGGAAAGCGACGAUGCUCAAAAGAUACAAAAAUACAAUAGGUUUAAAACUAAGUCAGCUUUCUUAAAGCAUUUUAAUGAAAAACUUGAAUCAGGGGAAGUAUUGACUACUGCACAAGCAUUUGCCUUUUUAAAAUCUUGUGGACCUCGAAUGGUUGGCGAAACUGAUGCAUCUAGAAAUGAGCUAGUGAAUUAUGUCUGGAAAAAGCUUGAAGAAAAUGGAGUUCCAUUACAAACAGGACUGUGGAAUACUUUAUUAUCUGUGUAUGUUGAAAACAACCACGAUUUUGUACCAUUAGAAUUUUUACGCAACGUAUGGGAGAAGUCUUCUGCUGAACCAAAUAAAACAACAUUCUCAUUACUCAUUCAAGCAUAUGCAAUCAGAGGAGACCCAGCAGGAGCCAUGAAGAUUGUUGAAUUUAUGAUGAAUAAUAAUGAUGCAAGAAUGACGGAACAUAUAUAUGCUUGGUUGGUCAAAGCUUUUGCAAAAAAGGGGGAUAUGGAAGGAGUUGAGGAAAUCCUGCGUUCAAUGAGGGAGAGUGGGAUUCGACCAAGACAUACAACAUAUGGUCAUCUUAUAAAUGCUCACGCUGAAAGAGGAGAUCUAGAAAGUGUAAAUAAGGCCAUCUUGGAGAUGAUUGAUAAAAGAUUGUAUCCAACAGCUGAUAUAUACACAAACCUUAUCGAUCAUCUUUCUCAUGGUGGACAUCAUGAGUUAAUCCCGCAAGUGUGGGAACGUAUAGAAUCUAUGGAGUUCAUGAAUGAAGACAUAAUUCCAUUAGUGCAAAAAUGUGUGACGAGAGGCGACUAUGACAGUGCUUUAACUUUACUGUUGUGCUCUACCAAACAAUUGACGAAACAAGAAACUUACUACCGCUACCUUCAAACAAGAAUUUUCAGCAUGUUAAGAUUUUCCGAAAAAGAUUUAUCGGAGUAUACCAAGGUGAUAGAAUUGUUUGGGAGACGAUUUUCAAUAUCAAUGAUCUCAAGAUUGUAUUCAGUUGUGAAUUUCUUUCUAUCCAAGGAUGAGCCAGAAACUGCUAUUGGUGUCUUGGAAAGAAUUAUGGCUGAUAAAUCAGUUAAAAUACAAAUAUUCCAUCCAAUCUUGAAAUACUAUGCUGAUAAAAAGGAUGUACAUGGUAUCGUCAAAGUAUUCAACUUUGUCACUGAAAAAGGGUUGAAAUUAGACUACUACUGUUAUAAAAAUAUUCAGCCCGCCAUAGAUGACAUGGAAAGCGAGGAGUACAAAACAUUUAUUAGUCUCAUUAAGGAGAACGAGAAAAUAAUAUUACCAUUUCACAUUGUUUCAUCAAUGUUAAAAGAGGACCAUGUGGAGCUGAGUAAAAUCGGCGAUAUAGUUGACAAUGCAUCGCCAGCAGACUUAUUUAAAUCUAUGAAAUCGCUAAAAGAAGCUUUAACUGGGGAUUUUAACCCAACUGAUGCUUCUAAGAUAAUCAAAGUUUUGCACCAGCGAGGAAUGACAGAUAUAACUGUGCUAAUUGAUGAAGUAAUGACUGGCUUGGUAGUUCAUAAAGAACCCAAAACAGAUGAAGCAUUACAAUUCUUGAAGUUGUUGAUGGAAAAUGAUGUACCCAUCUCAUCUCAUUCGUACACAAAAAUGUUAAAAUCCUUGCAUGGUAAUGGAAUGUCAGAUCAAUUUUUUAUGUUUGUGCGAUUAAUGAAAGAGCACGGCAUUGACCCAGAUGUGCACCAGUACUAUCAAAUGUUAAAGAUGGCAGCUACAGUUGGAAACAGCAUGGCGGCUCAGUUUUGUUUUGACAAAGUACAGGAGUCUUCUGAUUUUCCUGACCGCAAACACGAACUUUAUGAGUAUUUGAUCACAGCCUAUGGAAGAGAUUCAGAAAACUUUAAAAUCAUUCCAACAUACAUUCAGGCUCGGGAUUCGGAGAACGGGUUAAAGGUUAUACAACUAUUUGAGGAAAUGCAAGAGAAAAAUUACAGGCCAAGUCCUGGCACUAUUACUCAAGUCAUAAAAAGUUACUUGCUGCGAAGUGAUGUUGAAGGUGCCAAAAAAGUGAUUGAAGAAUAUGGUGAAGGAAAAGAGCAACUAAGAAAAAGUGUAAAGAAUUCAUUUAUGAGAGCCUACGUGGCAAGUAAAGAUUUUGAAGCUGCUGAAAAUCUGUUCAACCAAAUGAAAGAAGAAUCCCUCCUCUCUUCUCUGCAGUACAAUGAAAUGAUGCGCAUGUGUGAAAUCACAGGGGAUACUGAAAGAGUGGAGUCUUUGUACAAAGAAAUGAUUGAGAAUGACUUUCAACCGAACGUGUUUACCUAUCUACAUCGUAUCCGUACUUUUUUGGCGGCGAAACAGCCGGAAAAGUGUAUUGACAUUAUAAAAGAAAAUAUAGCCAGUGGUAAAAAUCUUCUUCGUGUUGAUAUAUUCAUGAUAGUGUUACGACAUCUUGUGCCCACUGGAAAUACAGAAAACGUCAAAAAAGUGAUUGACUUGAUUAAAGAGCACCAUCUGACGAAAGUACCACCCAAACGAUUAGAUCAUGCACUGAGUUUGGUGUACGUAAAAGCUGGUGACAUCGAGGAAGCGUCAAAGUUAUUACCAACAACAGGCGAUGGAUCAGAUGAACCUGUGGAAAUUGAACUAAACCCAUAUCGCAAGGUUGCAAAAACUGCUUCACUUGAAGGGGAUGUUGAAUAUAUAGAAAAUAUCAUGAAGUUUCUAAAAGUAAACGGACUUCAUUAUCAAUCACUGGAUACAUUUUAUUUGUUAGCCUUAAAUCGCAGAGAUGACGUCGACGGAAUUCGACGACUGUAUCAAGAGCGGAUUGACGAGGGGUCGGCACCGACAGAAAAAUUCAUGACCAUGCUGGAAUCAAUAAUUGAAAGCAGAGGGAUUAAAGAUUUUCCAUUGCCUCGAUAGCUCAGUAUUCGAAAUGGAAGUAUAACGUUGGGACACGCGAGUCUGUACCAUGCAGGAAAUUUUACAUCACGUGGGAACACCGCAUAUGACUUAAAAGAUUCGUCCACAAGAACUGCUUGUAAAUUUAAAAAGCAUCAGUUAGAGUUUCAGUUUCAUGAAUAUAUUUUUUGUACACCAACAAACAGUUUUUAAUAAUACAUCUCGUCGUAA